AUGUCGGACUUCGUGCUAUUGCCCCGAACAUUUCGCCCGCCAUCCCCGCAGGGUCGGAGGAGGUUGGGUCGGACCCUUAAUCCCAUAAUGGAGGAGCCUGAGCAAACAAAAGAGGCACUCGCCGCCGGUGAGAGGAGGAGGAGGCUCCGGCAGCCGACUGAAAAGAUCGAGCAGUGGCUCUCCCCCCUGAGUGACCACUUCCCGACUCCGCGCGGCCUACACUUCCUCGCCGCCCCGGUCGUGCCGGCCACGCCGUCGUACCAGUCGAGUGAAGGCGAGGUCGACCUCGACCUCGACGACACGAGCUCCGAGACCUCCUCGUCCAACCCGUCCAGUAAGAUGUGGAACAACCGAGGAAGCAUCGGCACUGAUGUUACCGAGUUUGACGACCUCUACGACGUUUCCGACGACGAGAUCCACCGCAAGGAGAGGCUUAUGGCCAACGGCAUUGGCCGCCAGGGGAGUGCAAAGAGCUCGAGGAGUAGUCUCAGGACGUCCUCGCGGUCCUCGACCGGCUCGCGCCGAGGCCUGGCUCCUCUCGUGAUCCCCUCCGACGCCGCCCUCGUCGCCGCCGCCAAGAAGGCCCUGGCCUCGCCCAUCGCGCCAACACCAACUUCGGCCGUCCCCAUGUCUCCCGCAAUCAUGUCCCUCAUGGAGCUACGCCAGUCGCUCGAAGUUCCCCACAUGUCGGCACCGCCGUCCCUCGACGGGAGCAUGAACUCGGAGGAGCUGGCGCUCAUGUCGGCACCUCCCACUCCCCUAAUCGGCGCCCAAGACAACGUCGACGAGGAGUGGUCCGGAGUCCGCCUCCAGCCCGGUGCCCUCGAGACGCUGCAUGCUCUGUCCGGCAGCGACACCGAAUACGAGGAGUCCCCCACCACCCAGGUCAUCGAAGUUCCCCAGGAGAUGUCCGAGAUGCGCCAGACCCAGCAGCUUCCGCGCUUGAUGACGGGCAUCAACAGGGCCCCCUCGGCCCACCGCCAAUCCCUCGCCGAGCUGAGCAAGCUCGACAUCCCGUCUCCCGGCGGCUUCUUUGCCGACCUCUCGUCCGCCACCCGCCGGACCUGGCACAUGGGCGUCGCCAGCCCCGUUUCCAACCCACCCACCUCGACCACGGCCGAGAACUUCUACAAGAGCCCCUGGGCCCGAAAUGGCGAGAAGAUCCCGCCUCCGCCGCCCCGUCCAUUGCACCUUGACAGCCAGCCCGCGGCUAUUGUCGAGCGCGUCGUCGAGGUUCCCGAAGGGGUCAACCCUGAAGAUCUCCCCACCGCGAUCCGACUUGAGGAGACCCCAAGGCCCGUCACCGCCCGCAGAGUCCCGCCCACUCCCGACUUUGUCGUGCCCACGCCCAUCACCGAGGAGUCUGCUUCCUCUCCGGUCGAUGCCACCGAGAUCGUAGUCGAGGAUCUGUUGCCGCUGCCUCAGUCCGAGAAUGCCCAAAGCCACGAGGACCGCACCGAGAUGUGGUUGGCUGCCCAGCGCGCCUACCUCCAGGGCGUCGUCGGCUUUUCAGACGACGCCGAGCCCGUCGAGGCGGCCAAGGCUGAGGAGUCCGAGGUCGACGAGAAGGCCCAGGUCGCCGCCAAGGAGGUGGCUACCGAGUCCGAGUUGAAGAAGAAGUCUGUCCGCUUCUCCGAGGCCGUGCUCUCCAAGGAGAACCUUCCGCGCAGCCUUCCGUCCAAGCUCCUGCGCCAGGAGUCUGCCUAUUACCGUGCCUUCACCGAUGCCUCUGUGAAGUCGUGCCCCACCGACGUCUUCGUCCACCAGCAGCCCCGCUUCGAGGUGCUCCAGUCGCAGCGCGUCUCUCUCAAGGACAGCCACCGCAACCAGCUGCUCGGCAAGUACCAGCUGUCUGUGGUGCCGCAGUCGUCCAAGAAGCGCAUGAGCGCCAACGUGGCCCGCGGUGACGACAUCAUCGCCGAGGACCCGGACAAGCUCCGCGCCGAGAAGGAGGCCGAGGCGCUCGGUCAGAUGAACAUGCCCACGUGGCACGUCGCCGCCACCAAGAUGCUCAACGGUGGCCGCCUCAUCGCCGCCCCCGUGGCCAAGCGCCUGGCUCGCCAGAGCCGCAUGGCACCCGGCCCCGACGGCCUCAGCAGUGACCGCGCGCGCAUCCUCGACCUCGGCGGCCAGGGCGCGUGCGACUGGGCCUGGGCCACGGCCAUGCAGUACCCCAACACCAAGAUCUACACUGUCACCACCAAGGCCAUCCGCCAGCUCAGCAACAGCAACAUCCGCGGGCCCUCCAACCACCGCCAGGUGGCUGUCGAGCGCCUCACCAAGCUUCCCUUUGCCGACGACCAGUUUGAUCUCGUGUCGGCGCGUGAGCUGCACGCCGUGCUCAAGCUCUUCGGCGAGAACGGCACUGACGAGUGGGACCUCUGCCUCAAGGAGUGCAUGCGCGUGCUCAAGCCCGGUGGCUACCUCGAGUUCAGCGUGCUCGACUCGGACAUCAUGAACGCCGGCCCCCUCGGCAACGCCAAGGCGGUCGAGUUCGGCUUCGCGCUCCAGACUCUGGGCUACGACGCCAAUCCCACCCGCAGCUUCAUCAGCCGCCUCGAGCGCGCCGGCUUCGACGACGUCCGCCGCGCCUGGAUGUGCCUGCCGGUCGGCCCCAAGCCUGCCGCGCCCAAGGCGCCUGCCGCCGACCGCGACAGCACCGUGACGGUCCCCGGCAAGACGCUCGAGCUCGAGGCCAUCGUGUCCGGGUCCACCGACAACGUGGCGGCUGUCACAGGCAUCGCCGCCGGCUGGAGCUGGGAGCGCUGGCUUCUCCGCGCCGAGAUGGAGAAGGCCGCCGGCGACCUCCGCCUGUCCGACACCGUCACCCCCGGCGAGGCCAUGCGCGAAGCCGGCAAGAUGAUCGCCGACGUACACGCCGUCGUCGAGGAGGGCCGCGCCGUCGGCUCCGCCUUCCGCAUGCUCCGCGGCUACGCCCGCAAGCCCAGACCCACCACCCUCGACAGCGGCAUCAUCACCAUGGUCUUGGAUAUGGAAACCAUCUAA